AUUGGAUUGCGGCGAGAUGAUUGGAUAUGAAUCAGAAACGUGCGUGUAACAUCAGCGUGCGUUAUGUUUUACUUCGCGCUGUCGUAAUGUAGGUUUGUUAAGCGAUUUGAGCAAAGUCCAUGGAUUUCACGUCUGUAUUAGUUUCUUGCUUAGCACAUUCCUGCUAUGUUGUCUUUAGUUUCGGUGUUGUAUAGUGAUGUAAAUGUUAAAAAACAAAUCCUAACUGGGUCUACAAAUGUCAAACCCCAUGGACGACCGUUUGCGCGUGGUGGCCGUGAUUCAUGCUUUGAAAGCGUCAGGGGUUCGUGUGAAAAACUGGAAAAACUUUUUAAAUGGGACUUACAUGAGCAACCCUGUCAGACAGCAGAUCAUGUGUCUGGAUGUAUUUCAGGAGAACCAGUCUGAAUUUGCUUUUGGUCGGGACCUGACAUUGCUGCCGCAGUGUGAAAUAACGGAUAUGAAUGGGACAGUGCCGAAGUUUUUGGUGGAUUCCUGUGAAUUUUUAUCACAGCAUCUUCAUACUGAAGGGCUCUUUCGAAAGACUGGGUCGUUGAGUCGCAUCCGAGCUCUGAGGGCUGAUCUGGAGCAGGCGGUCCCAGUGUUUUCUCUGCCACAUUCAGCAACUCUGCAGCCCUGUGACGUGGCCUCCCUUGUCAAGCAGUUCUUACGUGAGCUGCCCUCUCCCCUGAUCCCUUUGGAUCUCCAGGUGCCGCUGUGUCGUGCACUGGGCUUGGAGGAGGAUGUGGGUCAGGAGCAGGUCACUGAAGGAGCCACUCUCCUUCUAACUGCCCUGUUUCCACCCUGUCAUUCUCGGGCCCUUCGAUACUUCUGCACCUUCUUGAGACAGACCGCUCAAAGAUCUAAAGAGAAUCGUAUGGAGGUGGGCAAUCUAGCCCUUGUGAUUGCACCCAAUCUGCUACAUUGUCCAGCUGGAGGCUUCAGACUGACUGCAGGCACAGAGAGACAACUGGAUAGACAGGCAGCUGUGAUCAAAACUCUCAUAACACAUGCAGAUUGCAUCGGUGUUGUUCCUCCUUCUGUUAUGGAAUUGGCAACAGUAGCAGAGUCAGGGGAAUUAUCUGUUCCACCAGGGGAGGGGGGAAGGUUCCAAGAAAGGGCAGCAUUUGGGGUGUAUAGAAGUCUAAGACGCCAAAGGAGGCGCAGUGUUGGAGAGAUAUUCGUGGACGCUCUUAGUAAAUUCAAGACAGGCCGCGCUUGCAAUGGCUCUUCAUUUCCCUCAGACAGCCAGCAGAAUAUAAAGACAAGUCGCCACUCCACACUUCAGUCACCCGUCACAUUCAAGCGAAAAUCGAUUGAAGAUCCUGUUCCUGAUGUUGAGGGCUCAGCUAAGAAAAGACGUUCUAUCCAUGAUCUAAGAGAAGAAAACCAGUCCACCAGCACACACUCUAAUGAUUCAGAGUCGUUGGUAGGUCAAAGCCCCACCUCUGUCCUGAGUGGAGAAGAGGGCAGCAGGGUGAACGAGCUCUCUGUCACACUCAGUGCCUUAGAGAACAAGAGGAAUCUCAACAAAGAUCGUAAAACAUCAAACAAGCAGCCAGUGCAGGAGGACAAAGCACAAAGGAGGAGAUCGCUCAGAUUCUUCAACAUGACAAGCUGGAACAUCCCUAAUCCUUCACCUGUAUCCAUUGGGGAUCGGAGGUGGAUUACCGGUAGUAGAUUGAUGACUAAUGGCCUGAUGGAAACAUCUUGCUCUGAGGUUGGACAAUCAAGGAUUUCGGUCAUAAUGGCUGAUGGCCCAGAACGAGUUCUAGUGGGGAAAGAAGUGGAGGAUGACCCUGAUCUUCUUAACUACAGCUUCACUGAACUUCCUGAUGACUUCCUGGAUGUCACAAUCUUUGACUCAUCUACCAAGACACAUUCUGGGGAGUCAUGUGAACAUUCUCCUGUCAAGUUGGAAUAUAAGACAACAGAAGAACCACGUAGACAAUGUGAAACUAUUGGUGUGUUGAGGAGUCCAGAACAGGUUGGGAUUAAAGAUGACCCAGAAGAAGCCAGUCUUAGUAAGAAGCCUUCAAAUGGAGACCCAUCUGGCUGUGUAGGUCAGAAGCCCCGUCACCCUCGACGCUCAAUCAGUAUGCCAGAAGUUACUUUAGACCAACUGAACGUUCAUGAUCAAAUUUACAAGAGGGAGAAAAAAAAUGGUUUGCUAGAGAGAGACUGUGAAGUCUCAGAGGAACCCUGGUUUCCAGGAGUCAUGACCUUGGUGGACAAAGGGCUGAGUAAGGGAAUGGAUGAAGCGGAAGAGUUAGAGGAGAAACCGUUGGUGAAGAAAGAAAAGCCUGCUGACUCAGGACUGGCUUUUAAAAAGGCACACCAGCGCUUGUCUGUAGCAGACCACCUCAGACGCUUCAAUGCUCUGGCGAUGCUGCUGCGUACCCCCAGGGUUCCUCCCCAGGCCCCCGAACCCCAGCUGAACCACGUCCUGCACGAGAGUCAGCGGGAGGGCGGUCUGAGGAGCAUUGUGCGUCUGCGUCGGCAGGGAGCGCGACGCUUUGGGCGCUCUAUCAGUCACGACGGUGUUCCCAGUCAUGUGACAGAGAGAGCCUGCUGUCAGCAGGAGGAGCCGGUGGUGGUUCAAAGCCCCGGUGUUCUGGAUCGAUGUCUUCCACCGGAACCGAAUGUCUUCAUCAAAAGUGUUCAUCAACCUGCCCUCGAAGGACAGAUUCCAAUCCAACACGCUCCAGGUCUUCAAAUAGAACAGGAUAACCUCUCGGAGACCCUCCAGGUUUUGUGUUUCUCUCCAUUACCGGGUCCAAAGGAGAACCUAGAGUCUUGCCACAGGCAAUUUAAUAACUCGCAACUACAUUUCAAGGAAGGUGAACUGCAACCUUUACAGGGACAAUCCACAGUGUCAGAUCUGCAUGACCUUCUGAAGACGCACUUGAAUUUAUGUGAUCCGAAGGACGAGCUAGAGAAUGAUCUUACAAAUCCAGUGAAGUUGGAUGGAACGUUUCAGACAGACACUGUUUCAGAUGAUUUCACUCAGACUAUGACCCUACAGCAGGAGCCCAGAACUACUGAACUCCCUCUCCCUCCGACUCCUCCUCUCUCUCAAACAGAAACGUGCUCUUCCAGUCCCAGCAUACCCUCUCCCACAUCGAUAGACCGAACAACAUCAUCAACAGACCUUUACACUGCGCAUUUGGUGGCUAACUACUCACCUACCAAUGCCACUGCUUUUGACUUCACAGGGAUGGACAUGGAGGUCAGUAAGGGUGAUGUGGGUUUUCUACCUGUGGAGCGCUCUUCACCACCAGCCUUGCAGAUCCGGCUCCAAGGCACCAGGAGGCGCUACAGAGACUCACCUCGCUGGCCUAUCAAUGCAAUUAGCGUGGCCACAGGGGAUCCUCUGCAGAUGUGAGGGUCAGAUGAUAGGUUUAUUAUUAUUAUUUUUUUAGGUCAGUCACAAAGAACACUGUUUUAGUUUGUGUGUCAUGGUAUCCUUGGGUAUUAUUUUAAUGUGAUUUCAUCUUGUUGUAGCUGUGGUUUUGUUACUAUUGUCUCCAUAUUUGCAUUUUAUGUAUUUCAGACUAUUUAAUUUUAGUUGUUUUAAU